CUACCAUACCAUUUUACUUUCAAUUUUUGAUCUUCUUCCCAUAAUGUUGUCCAUAAAUUUUUUAUCGAGUUAUUGAUAUAAUAAUAAUAAUCAGUCAUAGGAACCUGUACCACAUUUCUGACAUUAAGAGUGUUAAUCCCUUCAUAUGCAGCUUUGUCUGCUUUUUCGUUACCAGUAAUACCUUUAUGUGAGGGUACCCACAUAAAGGCAACAGUUAUAUCUUUUUUAUGCAACCGCAAGACAGUAUAUUUAAUUAAAUAAAUAAUAUAAUUAGUUUUAAAAUUAUUAAUAUAAGAAUGCUUAAGGCUAUUUAAAAGACUCAAAGAGUCUGUCAAAAUUAGAAAAUAUUUACAAUUAUUUAUAGAAAUUAUAGAUUUUAAAGCGGCAAAAACUGCAUAUGCCUCUGCUGUAAAUAUGGAGCACUUUUUAUCGAGAGCAAAGCUGAGCAAAAUCUUUUUGGGAAUCAUAUACCGCACUUCUCACAAAAUCAUUGCCUUUACUUCCAUCAGUGUAGAUUGUAUAAUACUUGUUAUUUUCUUCUAUAAAAGCCAGUAAAUCUGAAUUAUUUUCGAUUGAAUUUGAUAAAAUCGUAAUAGGAUGAGUGAUACAACUGUAUGAAUGAGUGUAACACGACCAGUGUGAAAGUUUUUUGAUGUUCGAAUAAUGAGAUUGUAUUUCUAAGAAGAUCUGGCACAGAGUUGGAGAUGUACCUCUCAGGAGAUCAUUUGGUGAAGUGAGUGGACCAUCUAUAUUGAUUGGGUGAGAUCCGAUAUGAGAGAAAUGAAGCUAUCAACACAACUUCUUCCUCUGCGAAAUCCAUAUUGAAUGUGUGGAAUGACAUUAUUGGAUUCUGCAUACCAGUCAAGUCGAGAUUUCACCAUAUUUUCAAAUAUUUUUCCAAUACAUGAUGAUAACGAGAUUGGACGAUAAGAACUGAUCUGUUCAGGUGACUUAUCUGGUUUUAAUAUAGGUAUUACACAUUGAGUUUGCCAUGAACUUGGUAUGAGUUUUUUAUGCCAUAGAUUAUUAAGAACAUUCAAAAAUAGCUUUUGUACAGAUUCAGAUAGAUGUUUUAUUAAUAAAUAUGGAAAAUCAUCUAAACCAGGACUAGUAUUUCUUCUAGAUUGUAUACUCAUUAAAAGUUCAGACCAUGAAAAAGAAUCCAAUAAAAAUUUAGAUUGAGGAUUUUCAUUGUUAAUAUUAAAAUAAUUGUCUAAUGAAUUUGGGUCAAGUAAAUUGAUACUAUCUGAUAACUUAUCUAAAAGUGGCUCUACAAAUUCAUCCCUAUAUGAUUUAUUACCAAUUCUGAUAGCCUUAAACUUUUUAAUGAGAUUCCAAAUUUUACUGAUGGGUGUAGUUCUAUUGAAAAUAUUGCAAAAACCAUUCCAACUGAUUCUUUUUUGCUCCUUUAUAGUGCGUUUUUUUAAAGCAUCUAAUCUUUUAUAGUUGAUGUAAUUAUAUUCUGUUGAAUCAUUUCUAUACAAUUUCAAGGCUUUGUAAGAUUGUAUUACGGCUUGUUCACAUAUACUGUUCCACCAAGGGGCUGGUGGUCUACUCCUAAAGUUAGUCCUAGUGAAUCUAGGAACUGCCAUGAGUUUGAGUUUAUUGAGCCGGUUACAAAACUCAUCAUAAGAUUUUAUUGGACUCUCUUCGCUAACCAUCAUGUCAUGGAAGACCAAACCAUUUAGUAGUAUUUAUAACAUUGUGUUUCAAAUAUGGUUUAAUUAAUAUUCCUACACCAUUACGAGGAUUUUUUGAAUUUUUAUUGUUGAAAUUAUAACCGGAAAUAUAAAAAGAUUGAUGGUCUUUUAACCAUGUCUCAUUUAGUAAACAAAUAUCAAUAUUAUUUUCAUUUAAGAAUUUUGUAAGAAGAUGUUUUUUAUGAUUUGCACCUUGAACAUUAAAUUGCGCAAUACAUAGAGAUGAUGUUGUAUAUGGUUGUGUAUCCAUUAUAUUGACAAAUUUUUAAUAAGUAUAUCUUUAAUAAAUGUUGUAGUUAAAGGCUCAUUAUCAUUCUUAUUACCUAUUUGAACCAGUGUUUGUACCAGGGCCAUAAGUACAUCACUGUUUGCAAUUAUUUGUGAUUUUAUAUCAUUAAUACUUACAGCCUGUGAGACAGGCUUAAUAUUUACAGAUUUAUUUACAUGUUUGGGUGCAUUAUUUACACUAAUCACUUUUUUAUUUACAGGGUUGGAGCGUGGUGGAAGGGGAGGGAACUCAUUGUUAUCUUUUGUGCUGGCAAUGCUUGCAUAUGUUAUUUUAUUUUUCUUUUCUAGGAUUUUAUUCAUUUUUAUUGGACACAUUUUGGAUAUUGCUAAAUGAGGUCCACUGCAAUUUACACAGCAAAUCUCAUUUUGUUUAUUGCAGUCUUUAUAAGAAUGUUCACCUGAACAAAUAGAGCAACGCUGUUUGCCAUUACAAAUUUUAGCAUAAUGAUUAAAUUUCAUACAUUUGAAACAUUGUUGGAGAGGAGGUAUAUAUUCAAACACUCUGUAAAAAAAUAAAUCAUAUUGGACACUCUCAGGUAAAGAGUUUGCCAAAAAUGUGAUACUAACAGUUUGUGUUCCGACUAAUUCAUAGACAAUUUUUUUCAUAAAUCUCUUAACUGCAAUUAUUUCAUUUGUAGAAGUUAAUUUCGUAAAUAGUUCUUUAUUUGAUAUACUUGCAGGCACAAAUCUGAUACCAGUUUUUUUUCAAUUUGAGCUGCUGGAAUGUAUGCUUUCAUAUCAUGUUUCUCAAGAAAAUGUAUAUUGUGUAUCAAGUUAUUAGCUGUAUUAUGUUUUUUAAAUAUGACAACAAUUUUAUUUGCGCUAAUUCGCCUUAUUGCCACCACGCCUUUAAUUUCGGAGAAUAUGUGGUUUAAAUAUAUUGGGCUUUUAUUUCCCAGCCUGUCCUGAAUAUUUUUGUUUUCAAUAAAAACCUUAAAUUCCAUAUUAAUAGAAUUUUCAGGAUAUAGUCUUUUAUAAUUAGGCUUGAGAUAUGGGAUAUACGAGUCUUUCUCACUGCCUCCGCCGCCAGCAUCAGAAACAUUUUGGGGAUCUUCGAGCCGCCGUCGUGGUCUCUUUUUUGAGUUGGGCUGGUCAAGCCCGCCCCCCUCGUUUCCUUCCAUUUGUAUUAUUUAUACACUAUGUUUAUAUUUAAUUUGUCUAUUAAUACUGUUAUUUACAAAGAAAUAAUCUUUAUUUUAAUUAAAGUAUUAUUUUAGAAAAAAAUAGUACCGCGCUUUUUCAAUUUCCCGCCAAGCAUAGUUUCACAUAUCAGUUGUCACUUGUGAGUAUUGGCACUUGGCAGACAACAAUAACUACUAAAGUAAAUUUAUUGACUAUAGUACUUAGUAGACAUUUCGACUGUUCUAUAAAAUAAGUGAGCCUAAUUUUUAAAGUGUUUCUAAGGUUUUGUUUUCUGUUGUAUUCAAUAUUAAAUUAUUAACAGUUGUCAUCCUAGUCUGUGAUGACAACAAACAAACGAAGAGGUUAUUUUCUUCGUAGUCUUUACAUUUACAUAUUUAGUCCGUAAAAACCACCUACUAAUAUCAUAGGUUUUAUUAAAGUAAGACUUAAUCAAUAAAUUCUUUGAAUAAGGUCUUUCGAAGAGAUUUUUAUCAAAAGUCACUGAGGGUUGUUGUUAUCUGAUCAAAGGUGAUCAUUAUUUCUUGUUUUUUAUCUAGUGAUAAAAAUUCCAUUGCCAUUGGGCUAUCAUUGUGAAAUCAGAUAUAUAUUAAAACAUCAAUUUGAAAAGAUGUCAACUAUGACUUUUGGUCAAAAGCAAUUCAUACCUACACCUCCAGAUAAGGGAAGUUUUCCUUUAGACCAUGAAGGUGUUUGUAAGGCUACUAUGAAAAAGUAUCUUAAUUGCUUAUUUGAAAAUGAUAGUAAUAACUCUAUGUGCCGAGCAGAAGCCAAGGAAUAUCUUGCUUGUAGAAUGGAACACAAUCUUAUGGCUAAAGAAGAAUGGUCUAAAUUAGGCUUUACAGACAAAGAUAAACAGUUAAAAGAAGAACAGAAAUAAAAUACUAUUUAAUAUACUGUAUGCUAGUACUGUUAGACUAGUGAUUAAAUUUAAUUGUUGUUAUCUAAAAAAAAUAACAUUAUA